UGUUCCUAUUGUUCUGCGACGACUUCGGUUUCUUACUGCCAUGAGCACUGCCGCCGCUGCCGCAGUAUCUGCGGCCACAACCAAGCGACCGGCGUCCAAGAUGAGCUUCGACGAUGACUACGUGUUUGUGGGGCGUGAGAAUGCCCCCCCUGCACCGCUUCAUGCGUCCGACGCUGGGUUAGGGUCGUACACAGUCAAGAAGGUCCAAGUCGUGACCCCCGUCGUUGAAGACAUCCCUGCUGCAGACGAGACGAUUCCGUACAUGCCGAGCUUGGGCUCGUCGACAGAGAUCAAGAAGCUGGACGAUUUCAACGAGAUCAUCAAUAAUGCGCAGGCAUUCAUUGACUCGCGCAUGUUGCAGUUCUCCAAGUACACUGGGUUCAGUCCGGGCGGGUGCCUCGAGGACUCGAUGAUGCUGCUCACUCCUCGUCACAACCCCCACGUGCAGUUUGUGAAGGAAGACGACGACUUCCUCGUGCCGCACCCCAAGAAGAAGACUCCGGGAAUGGGAUGGGCGAAGUGUCCGUCGCUCGACACCCAGAGUCGGCAAUGUCUGCGCCAACUGGAAGAACUGGGCGUAUCGUACGAGCCGCACGACACGGCGUACUCCGUCAAGUACCUCGCGCCGGUGCUUCCGUUCGGGGACUGCCUCUUCCUGUCGAUGGAGCAACUGACGGCACACACGGAGGGCGUGGAGCAUCUGACCCCGUCGCGGUUGCGCCUCGAGGCCGCCAAGCACUUCCACGCACACUACAUGUCUUGUACUGCCGACGCCAAGGCCAAAAUCGACAGCGCCAUCCGCAACCUGUACUACCCCGACCUCCGCGGCGGCUGGGGUGUGUCGCCCACCCAGGCGCGGCGCUUUGUCGCGCUGCGCCACGACAAGGACUGGCUCGUCGCGCGCAUCUUUGAGCUGCAAGAUCGCGGGUACUCAUGGCUCAAGGCGGCGGAAAUGGUGUAUUCGGAGCAUGCGCAGCCGGUGCUGAAUGCAGAAACGUACUGCAAGUACAUGUGCGUGGGUAGCGACUUUGACUCGAACACGCACUUUGUCGUGUCCAUGACGUACUCCCGCCACGGGCUCGUGGGCAUCGACAACGACCCCGAUGGCCGCCGCGUCGCGUGGGGGGACGACUUCACGCUGGAGGCGCUCGCGACGGCGUACCAGCGCGACAUCUUUGUGGUGCUCGUGGGCGGCGGCCAGAUGUUCUUUUUGCCACACCGACCCCACCCCACGACGUCGUCGACGUUGCUCCAGAACUCCAUGUCCCUCUCCUCGAGCCUGGCCAGCAAGGCGACCAAAGGGCUCAGUCCGUGGUUCCUCCUCAUGCGUAUGACGGGCGGCGAUCGCGGCGGCGAUCACUACGAGCCCAUGCACUGCACUCGGUUACGGAGCGACGGGUACGAAGAGUUUGGCAGCAUUGGCGACCUUUAACACCAAACUAUGAUCAUAUUCCAUUUGUACGUA